UCAAAUUUACCCUCAAGGCCCACCGUUUCUGACCAUUCUCGCUCGUUAUUCAAUCUCAACAUCGUUAAACUCAAGAAUUUGUCGUCUUCUUCAUCUUCUGUCUUAAAAAUUUUGAUGUCAAAUUUUUGGAUCGAAUUCUAAAUAAAGCUCAUUUAUUCGUAAGCCAUCAUCACUACCAAUCCAAAAGAGCUUUUAUUAUUACACUGUCAAAGCUUUGUUAUAGCCCGUGACCUGAUUCGCUGAGUUCACGAGCUUCCGAGUCAAAAAACACUUAAAAACAAAACCAUGAGUUGGUUCCAUAGACUCGAUCUCAUCGAUCCGUACACGUGUUCACCUCUCAUCGUCCGUGAAACCUCCAUUGUUGAACCUUCAUCAUUGUUCUUAGGGUUUCCUUCCUUCGUCGACGAAGAUGUUGAAGAUCUCUUCGAUUUUUCAUCACCUAGUCCUCUCGAUCUAUUUGAAACCGUGACGGAUCUGGUUCAGAUUGAGAAAUCUCCGUCGUCUUGCAAGUACAAGGUGAUUCGUCGGAGAUUGGACCCGGAGUAUCCAUUGAAGUAUCUUUGUGACCGAGUUUCUGAUUUGGAAUCUAAGUUUGAUAGAUUGGUUAGUCCUAAGAGUGAUAGGAAGUAUACAUUGACGAAGGAGAUUAAGGGAAGUGGUGAGAGGAAGUAUAGAUGGGAAGCGGAGAUUCAAGGACCGCCGGAGAGGAAGUUUAAGUUGGAAGCUGAGAUUGAAGGUUCGGGAGAGAGGAAGUAUAAAUGGACGACGGAGAUUAAAGGAGGGAAGAAGGAUGAGGAAGGGUUAAAGUUAGCUGCUUUGAAGAAGGAGAAGGCGAAAGCUAUUGCUGCUGCUGAAGCGGAGAAGAAGAAUAAAAAUAAGAAGAAGAAGAGUUAUAAUUGGACGACGGAGGUGAAGAGUGAGAGAGAGAAUGGAGAGAUUUCGCAUACUUAUAUCAUCAAGGCUUCUACUGGAGGGGAGAAAAAGAAGAAACAUGAGGAGAAGGAGAAGAAGGAGAAGAAAGAGAAGGUAGAGACUAAGAGCAAGAAGAAGGAGAAAACUCGUGUUGUGGUGAUCGAGGAGGAGGAAGAAGAAGAUGAUGAGUCGGCAGAACAUGGAGCUAUCGUUCUCAGGAAGGCAUUUUCCAGAAGAACUGGAGCAGUUAGGACCAAGAAGGGUAAGAACAAGGAAAUGCCACCUGAAUAUGCGGCUGUGAUGAUCCAGAGGGCCUUCAAAGCUUAUUUGAUUCGUCGUUCAAAAUCAUUGCGUGCUCUUCGUGAUCUAGCUAUUGCGAAGACUAAACUGAAGGAGCUAAGAGCUUCAUUCCACAACUUCAGCUACCGCCGCCUGAUUGCUCGUGAUGCAGAGGAGCGCCAGAAAUUCUCAGAGAAGAUCAUUGUACUCCUCCUCACUGUUGAUGCCAUAGAGGGAGUUGAUGUAAUGGUUCGAGGAGCGAAAAGAUCAAUGGUGGAUGAGCUGGAAGCAAUGUUGGAUGUGGUAGACCCGCAACCACAGGGGAAAUCAUUGUCGAUGAGAAGAAGAACAUUCGAUAUGCCAGACAGUUUGAUCCGCAAAGAAAUCGCAGACGGAGUGACUCAGAUCGUGCAGAUGCUUGAAACAGAAGAAGAAUAAUGGAAUGGAGCACUGUGUGUUUGUGACUCAGGGGCUGUUUUUGUUGUGUUUGUGUCUGGGAAGAAUUAAUCAGCCUCUUUAGCUUGUUCUGAAUGUUUAAAUUAAUAAUGAGAGUGGCUUGAAGAAGAGGUUGGUGUGUCUUAUCAAUCUCAUCUCUCAAAUCUUGUCUCUUGUGUCUUAGUGUGUUUGUGCUUUUAUCAGGUUAUGUAAUCCCUUUAUGUUCCCAAACUUGUAGACUCUGCUUUGUCAAAUUGCUUAUGUUUUGGUUAUACUUAUGCCUACUGUUUUUACCA